CACGAGGCACAGGACUUCGGCCGGAAGCGGGAGAUCCGGGCGCAUAUGUACAAACUCCGCGAGGAGCGACUGAAGGCACUGUACGACCAGGUGGAAACUCCGAUUUCCAUCCCCACCAUCGGCUUCAUCAUGGAGAACACCAACACCAAAUUCGGCAUCACGGCUAAGUCAACGGGCGCAAGUCACGGAGACUCCCUAGCCGACCACAGCUUCGAAAGUUUCAAGACCAAGGAGAUUCGGGACUCCGAGAGUCCCACCAGGUUUGGAACAGUCAUCCCAUCGGACAACAGUGGCUGGAACAUAACGACUUCAGAGGAACUGAGCACCGAUGGCAAAACACACACCGUCCGUAGUACCGCCACUACCGAAGGAACUAAAGACAUCAAAGAUGGGCGAACCUCAUUCGCCGGUAGGAAUGAGGAAGCGCACAGCGAACGUAUGGACGGGGAUGAUAAGAACUUUGUGCACAGCAAAGGCGAUCAGUCGUCUACGUAUCUCGCCGAAAAUACUGUGAUCGAGGGGGACGAUGGUUGUAAAAUUCAGAAGAAAUCCUCGUCCGUCACUACAUCUUCUUCGAGAGUGAUUCGGUCUCAUCAAACUACUUCCAACGACGAUAUGGACUUCGCACCCAUCAAAGAAUUCAGUGGCGCUAAUUCGAGUAUUAAAGAGUCGAACAGUCAAAAAACCACUACUUCCAGCAGUACUCGAGAAGAGAAGCUCAGCUCCAGCCAACAGAGUCAGGAAGUUGAUGGAAACAUAGCUAGCAAGCCGUUGUCCAGAGACCCGGAUCGUGUUAGUGAAGCCUUCAAACUUCUUGAACAACCUGGACAAAUCCUGUCGAAAGAUGUUGUAAUGAUCAAUCCUACCACGAAACAGAUCACCAUUACCAAGAAAUUGGACGACGGAACAACAGUCACGACCCGUUCUUUCGAAAAAACUGGACAAGUAGAAACACAGCACAUGGCGUCUUCCUCCUCCACUUCGACAACUGUGAGCAAGUCUCAAAGCCGACGAGAAUCGGAAGCGUCCACAUUUCACAAGCAAGACGAAAUCGAAAACCGAAACACUAAACGAGAUAUCUCCGAUAAAAUAACUAACCAGCAAUUCAUCCUAGAUGAACGUGCUGAUCGGGAACGAAGCGAACACGUUGAAACGUCACAAAGCACCGCACAGCAUAAGAUUUCGGUGGACAUGAGUGCUGCUCAUGAUUCGUUUGCUCGCUCGCUACGCUGCGUUUCACCAACUGGAAGCGUACGAUCAGUCCGCUCUACUUCAACCACAGGUCGAUCAAGCGUAAGUCCCGAUAAGUCCCGACGUGAUCGACGAUCUCCAUCCCGAGACUCCGAUACUAGUCGUUUCAGUUCCCACACUACUACCCGAACAAGUCGUUCGGAGCUGUCCAAUCGCGACUACAUGAAGCCAACUAUCACAUCCGAACGUAAGCAAUCGACGUUCAAGGAAUCUUCGACCCAGGAAUCAACCUUCAACAACGACAGCUACGAUAGCGUUGAAAGAACAACGUCUCAGAAAGAGCGAUCUGCUAGUCCCAAAAAAGUUCCACAAAACACCCCGGAUAUGACCCCUAGAGGACCUUCCCCGGACAAGUUGUCACGCCAUGCUUCUCCGAGCAAAACACCAAAAGAAGGUUCUCCGUUCUGUUCCGUUGAUAUGCCAGAAUCAAAACCCACGGUAAAACGAGAUAUCUACGCGCAACUGAUUCGCGAAAGCUCGUCCGAUAAGUUCGAUGUCGAUACAACGAUUACAGUUUCAACAAGCGGCAAAUCUCAGCGUCAAAUCCGUGAAGACGUUGAGGUGUUCGACACCAGCAAACAAAUCACCGACCUGGACGACAUCACUGUUAAUGUCAAACUGGAGAACGUAACCGACGACAUUGAGGUUACUACAACAGUUGAAGAAGUAGACGUGGAUAGCAAGGAUGUUAAGAAGACAACUGGCAAGCAAAAGCCACCGCUGCGGCGAACUGAGACGUUCGAAGAACGCUGUCGCAAAAUACUCGGCAUGGGCGAUAAAACGGACAGUGUAGAAAAGGGAGAGGAGAACAAAAACAGUAUCUUCAGCACGUAUGACAACACGAUAACGCGUACUUCCGAGAUGCGUGAGAAGCGUAAGAAGAUUGAACAGGAAGUCAAAACUAUUGAAACCGAAGCGAUGAAAUCUGCUCGUAGAGCAAGUGAGUUCAUCAACAGCGAACGUCGAACUUCUUCCAAAAAUAUUUCUCCAACCAGAAGACCUUCGGAAGCUAUGAAAGAGACGUCUCCAGUAAGAAAAGUUUCCAAAGAACCAUCUCCAGUUAAAUCCACAUCUCCGAUGAGGAAGCACUCUCAACCUUCUCCUGAACGUCGUCCUGUACAGUCCGUUAAGGAACCGUCACCCGUUCGGAAGUAUUCUCAACCUUCACCCGAACGCCGUCUCAAAGAAGAACGUCCCAAGGAACAAUCCCCGGUUCGUAAGCAAUCGCAUCCAUCUCCAGAUCGUCGCAUGAAGGAAGAUUCUCCGAGUAGAAAGUUAUCGGAAGUUCAUCGUUGUUCUCGUUCUCAUGAGCGCUCGCCAACACCGACGGAAAAAUCUCCGACCCGAAAGACCUCGAAUUCGAUCCAACAAGAUACCAGUCCGAUUCGCAAGAUUUCCGGUUCACCUACCAGGAAAACUUCGCAAACGGAAACUAUCGUCACGAAAUCCACCUCCACUUCCAAGGCGGACAUUCUCGUAAGCCAGAAGAAAGAAGGCAAGAACCUCUCGAUAACCGAAAUCACUAUUCAACCGGUGAUCGAGACGAAAAAGUCCGAUAAAAUCCUCACCAAGCAGACCUCGGACAACAGGUUUGAGAGACGUUCUACCAGUAGCAAGGUCGUCACCAACAAAAGUUCUUCCGAUUUCGAUGUUAAGCGUCGAGCUGCAUUGGAUAAGACCGAAUCGGUUAGUGACCGAACCAGUCGAAUCACCGGAAAAACUCGUACACCGGCUACCAGUCCUGAUAAACGUCGACCUCAGGACGUUAGUCCAACUAAGCAGGACAAGACCAAGAACCAUAUUACAGUGGCUAAAAUUAAAAUUGAGCCCGUUCGCAAACCGAUCCACGCUAAGGUUAUUGUUGAAGAUCGUUCGAAUCGAGCUACGUCGAAAGCUACCGCCAAAACUACUAGGAAAUUCGUGGAAGAUUUGGUUGUUGAAUCUGAUAAAGAUACCGGCAUCUCCGAGAACGAGUAUGACGACGAUAUGGUGACAACUGUUAAAACCACGACCACUACAGUGACAACGACCAAGAAACAUCCAGUGUCUGAGCGCAAAGAUUCAGGUCCCAUGAAUAAGACAUCUAGAUUAACUAGUCGAAUUUCGAACGAAAAUAUUCUGAAAUCGAACAACGUUGCUGCUAGUACCAAUAAACGGUCCUCGCUUACGACAAAGUCUUCAACGGUCACCAAUACGGCAAGCUCAACUAGAAGAACAUCUUCGGAUCGUCCGGUCAAAUGCAUCACCACCAAGACCAUCAACCUCUCGACGAAGCCGAUGAUCGAAUCGGACAAUCUAGACAACGUUGUCAUAGACAUCCAGCAGGCGAAAUCAUCCCGGGAACCUACCCCUAAUAAGCUGAUCCCAAUCCCAGUAUCCCCUGAAGAGGACACCGGAAAGCCUCGGUUCCCGGACACCGUUCAGGAACCGGACGACGAACCCAAACCGGCUCCCAAGGUGAACAACAUUCCCAUUUUCGAGGAAGCAACGAACGACUACAUCGGCUGUGAAAUUACCGAAGUGGAAGACCAGGAAGUGCGAGCUGCUCGGGCAAUGCGCAUCACCAACCUGGAUCGGGUUACCGAGGACGAUGAAUCGCUGCUCAGCGUGACGGAAAAGGUUUCCAAGUUCGCCGAGGAAGCUAAUCGGUUGAAUGAUGUCUUAGGGAAGACACCGAACCGGUUCGUGCGACAGGAGUUCGACGAUUUGGAUGAACACUUGAAGUCGGACGAGUGCUUGCUGAGUGUAUCGGAUAAGGUGACGAAGUUCAUUUCGACCGCUGAGGAGGUGAAGAAGAUCAAAACUUCCGGGCCGUUUGUUCCAGAGUGUAAGGUGACCAUUGACGUGACUGAAUCGGAUGAGUGUUUGCUAAGUGUCAAUGAUAAGAUUUCAAAGUUCGCACAUGGUGCGAAUACGACGUCUGAAAUGAACACUUCAAGUGUUAGUGUUACGGUAGAUGACGUAGACCGAAGCAUGGUUGAAGUUGACGACGAAUCUUUGUUGAGUGUUUCGGAAAAGAAGAAGAAGUUCAUUUCGGCGGCAGGUACUCCGCAGAAAUCGCCGGAACUGGUUAAGAAUGUUAUGAAACAAACAACACGACACGAGCGAGUCGUGGAUGAAGAUUCGGAAGAUCAGAAGGCAAACAUAACCGAGAGAUACACUACGGCUACACUGACUAAGCCUCGGGAGAAGGUAACGCAAAAUGUUGGACUCCGGAGCACCGAAGCGGUUAAGAAGGCUAAACAAAUCUUCGAAACAGGUAACAAGGCUGCAGCGUCUGAGCUGGCGAAGCAGAAAGAUAUACUGAGCCGUCCAUCUAUCUGGGAAGAUCGUCGCAAGAAAGAACAGACAACGGUGACGGAAGAGAAGCAAACAACUGUGCAGGAGACAAACAAGAAAGACGUUAAGUUGACGGAUAUUGGUGUUUUCAAGAAAGCGGAAGACGUUGAACCGAAAGACGCUUCCAAGGGACGUCGCGAUAGCGGAACGAACAAGACUCCAGCUUACAUACGGGACACGGUUUCAAAUAAGAAAGAUUUGUUCGAAAAGAGGAUCUCUUCGUCGAAGCUGGAAACCUCCGAGGUAGCAAAAUCGAAGUCUGUUCAGGAGGACGCUCAAACCAAUGUGAAGCGAUCCUCAAUCACGGAGAAAUACGAACGCUCCAUCUCGAAGGAGAUGCCAGCUCCGGGAAAUAAACCUUCCUACAUGAGUCACACGGUUUGUUCGCUGGAGCACAUCAAUUCCGGUCGCCGUGAGUCGGUUGAUCAAACGCAAAGAUCGGGUAAGAUUGAGGAGCAGCAGCAAACGCAGCAGGAAACGGUGAAAAGCACUAACAAAUUCGGAGUUGAGUUGAAGCGAAUGGAUUCGGGUCGUAAUGUGGGCUCCAAUACAGCUACGCUGAGACGCAAGAGUUCGGUUGAUACCACUGUUAUUGAGGAAAUAUUUGAUCUGGAAACGUUGGAGAAAAUGUUGGAAGCUGUUACUGGUUAUGAACAGAGAAGGCGCAUUCGAGCUCAGAUUCGUUUGGCAAAGAAGAUGGGAGAGAAGUCUACGACGACUACCACAACUACAACUACAACAACGGUUAAAAUGAAUGGUAGAGUGAGAGAUGUCAGCCCCAAAAGAAAAACGGAAGUCAGUCCCACACGAGCUAUGCGGAAAAUAUCUCAAGACGUAGAAAUUAAGUUGGUGGAGAAGCAAUCGGAACCAGUUCAGCGAAGCGUCAGUCCGUCGAAGGCCAAGCCUACGAUGAAUGGAAAAGCUACUACUACGACUACUUCAACAAUCACCACGAAGACUCAAAAAGUUGCAGAAAAGGCACCGCAGAAGGACGUCACUGACAAACCAAUCUGGGCAACGACCAACAUUCUGAAGAAGGCCUCAGAAACUACUCGCACCUUCAAAACGAACUCAACGGUCACCUCCACCAAGAAACCAACGAACACAAUAAUGCGGGAGGUACCGAAAGAAACCAAGCCUACGGAUUGCAUCACAUCCAGCUACGGCGUCGGGCCAACCGAUGAGAAUGGUCUGCCACUGUUCGGUAUUCGCGCGUUGAAGAAGAAACCGGCAGCACCGGCAGCAGCCGACAUGGAAACCUCGUCCAAAAUCAGCGGCUCGUUCAUGUCAGAGACGCUGUACUCGGAAAACGGAGGCCCAGCCGUUGGAGAACGCAAAACCAUGCUGUAUUCUUCGGACGCUAAGGAUUUUGAUGACUUAAGGAUGGAAGGAGGCAACAGGAAAUUGUCUGAUGUACGUGAUAAGCUGUUGGAAAGGGAGAACUCUCGCAAAGGCCUAAUCUCGGUGACUAAGACGGAGAAAAUUAGCAAUGGAGGUAGUCAUGUAACGACUGAAGUGGGAAUCUUGGACGAUGGAGCACCUCGAGAUGGUAAAGUCGUUCGGAAAGGAUCGGUUAAGGAGCUGACCGAACGUUUUGUGCACAAAGAAUCCUCUUCGUCAUUGCUUUCGGAGAAAACUUACCCAAAAGCCGGAUUGAUCUUGAGAUCGACUCAGAGCCAUUCCAGUCGAUCGUCAACACCCUGUGAAAUCAGCUCGGUUCGAUCGGGAUCGGUGGAGUUUGACGAGAACGAUUUGGAACUGAGGUCUUCAGGUUCGAAGUCGACGGUUCGUGAGAGCUUGUUAACGUCUAGUUGGAGUGGUGAUCAGAAAAACGAAGACGAGGACGGUGUCGUGUUCCGAAAGAGCUCCAGUUCUAGCUCGAGCCGACAAACCAGAUCAUUCCUCAACGACAGCAGCCGAGUGUCCGGUGUUCAGGACGUUUUGGAUCGGAUGCGGAAUGCCGAUAAUGUCGAAGAAACCGGUGAUUCGGUCGAGGAUCGGGAAGCUCGAGCCCUGCUAAACAAGUUCCUCGGUGCUUCGGUAUUGAUGAGCGGCAUGGAGUCGAUGGUGGCGAGCAGGGGAGAGGAAUCGUCGUCGAUUGAAGGUAGUUCGAUGCCCGGCGUGAAAACGGUAAGUCAUAAAAAGCAAUUUUCACACAUUUUUAAGUCACUUUCGAUUACCGAAAACCUCAAGAUGCGUCAUCCAGAUGCGAAUAAUUCGGAAGGACAGCACCCCGGGUUCUAA